UACAAUACAAUUUCCAUUCAAUUUUACCUGGCCAGGUACAUUUUCAUUAAUAAUUGAAGUAUGGAAUAAUGUGACAACCGCCAACACUACUACUACCACUAACAUCAAUACGGCUGCUGCUGCUGCUGCUGAUCAACAUAAUAAAAAGAAUUUAAAUUCCAAAUUACCAUCAUGGAAUUCGACACCGAAUUUAAUAAUCAGAUCAUUUGAAUCACGACGUAAUGUAUUGGCAAUGAAUAAUGAAUGGACACAUUAUGAAUCACGUAUUAAUCAUACAUUAUUACAAUAUUCAUAUCGUAUACAAUGUAAUGAUAAUUAUUAUGGUAAUUCAUGUACGAUUAAAUGUACACCACGUAAUGAUCUUUAUGGACAUUAUAAUUGUGGUUCAAAUGGUGAGAAAAUAUGUCAUCAAGGAUGGACAAGUGAAUAUUGUGACAAACCAAUCUGUCGAUCAUGUAAUGAAACAAACGGAUCCUGUAUACGGCCAGACAAAUGCCAAUGUCGUAUGGGAUGGACAGGUGAUGAUUGUCAACAAUGUAAACAAUAUCCGAAUUGUAAACACGGUUAUUGUAAUGUACCAAUGGAAUGUAUUUGUAAAGAAGGAUGGGGUGGCCUACUUUGCGAUAAAGAUCUAAAUUAUUGUACAAAUAAUCAACCAUGUAAAAAUGGUGGUCUUUGCACCAAUACUGGUGAAUCAUUCACGUGUCAAUGUCCACCAGGAUUCAUUGGUGAAUAUUGUGAAAAAGAAUUGGAUAGUUGUGAUCAUUCACCAUGUUAUAACGGUGGUACAUGUAAGAAUAAUGCCAUUACAAAUUAUACAUGUGACUGUCCAAUCGGUUAUGGUGGUCGCCAUUGUGAACAAUUGUUGAGUGUUUGUUCCAAUAAUCCAUGUGAAAAUGAUGGUACCUGUAUUGAUGGACCAAGUGGUUUUCUUUGUGCUUGUAAACUUGGUUAUUCUGGUUCACGAUGUCAAAUACGGCAAAAAGGUUGUUCACCAAAUCCAUGUCAUGGUGGAUCAUGCCAAAUAUCAAAUUCAACAGAUGAAACAUAUAGCUGUGAAUGUCAUGCCGGUUUUUCCGGUGAUCAUUGUGAAAUCAACAUUAAUGAUUGUGAAUCAAAUCCAUGUUUAAAUAGUGGUACUUGUGUGGAUGAAAUCAAUACAUUUCGUUGUCGUUGCCCGCCAGGUUUUGUAGGUGAACUAUGUGAAUUGAAUAUUGAUGAAUGUUCAAUGAUGAAACCAUGUCUGAAUGGUGCUACAUGUGUUGAUCGUAAUAAUGAUUAUCUUUGUAUUUGUCCACCCGGAUUCACUGGCAAAGAUUGUUCCAUUAAUAUUGAUGAUUGUGUUAAUUCGCCCUGUUUUAAUGGUGGCCAAUGUCAUGAUCGUAUCAAUGGUUUUUAUUGUCAAUGUCAUCAAAAUUAUUAUGGUAAUCGUUGUGAAUUUAUUGAUUCCUCAUCAACAACAACAACAACAACCACGACAACCGUGACAAAUAUUUUACUACAAAAUUCAUCAUUACCAUUUUGGGCUGAAAAUCAUCAUGAUAAUUCAAUCAAAUUAUCAUCAACGACAUUAAUGUCCAUUUAUUCAUUAGCAAUUCUGUUGCUUGCCAUCCUAUUCGUUAUAAUCAUCAUAAUCGUAUGUAAAAGAUUACGACGUUAUGGAAUAAAAUUGAAAAGACGUCGUGAUGAAGCCGAAACUAGAAGACAAAAUGAACAUAAUGCUAUUAUGAAUAGUAUGAAUAAUAAUAAUAAUAAUGCAAAAUAUUUGGAUCUAAAUUCUGGCACUACUACUACUACUACUACCAAUGUAAUUGUCAACAGUCUACAUCGGCCAGCAUCCAUACAUCAAUUGAAUAUGAAAUGUCAGCCUAAAAUAACCAAUGAAUAUGUUAUUAAUAAUCAACAAUUUAAUCAUCAAUUCAAUAAAUGUGCUACAUUACAUAAUGGUUUUCGAGCAAUGAAUCUAAAUAAUAAUAAUAAUAAUAAUAAUACAAUGAAAGAAAAAAUGAUCAAUUGUGGUACUGUUUCUGCUGCUACUAUCGAUGAUCCAUAUAUGCAUACAUAUGAACAAAUUCAACAACAACAACAACAACAGCAGCAACAUUAUAAAUCAAAAUGCAAUCUUUUAUCAAAUAACCUGUCAAUGAAUAAUCAACAACAACAACAACAACAACAAUUAUACAACGUCGAUCAAUAUUCAAUGAUGAAACAAUCAAAUGUUGAUCUAUAUAAAAGUGAUUUUCUAAUUGUAGCCAAUAAUAAUAAUAAUAAUGAUCAUCAUCAUCAUUAUAAUACAUCAGUUGAGAAUAAUAUUCUUACAACAACAAUAUCACCAUCAUCCAGAAUGAAUAAUAAUCAUCAUCAUUAUGGUCGAUCCAGAUCUGUUUAUAAUGUGAUAUUAGAUGAUAAUAAUGUUGUUGAUGAUGAUUGUAAUAAUAUUUAUACACAGCCAAUAUAUAGUAAUAAUGGUGAACAUAAAGAUCAAAAAAUCAAUACUAAUAAUAAUAAUAAACUACAUGCGACAGAAGUAUAAAAUCAUUUGGAAUCAAUCAAUCGAUCGAUCACUGAACAACUGCCCCACAUUAACGAGCUUAUCAUCAAUUUGAAAAAAAUGAGGACAGUAUAAAAUGCACACGCUGAUUGUUAUCAUCAUCAUUAUUUGUUUGAUUGAUUUGAUUAGAAUUCUUUUGAUCAUUAUCAAAUUAUUUAAAGAA